UAUGAUGCAGGUGGAGAAUUUUGAAAGAUGGAUUUCCGAUUUUGAACUUUAAAAUGGAUCUGAAGCAAAUGGGAAGUGGUUGCCUCUAACUUGUGGAAGGAGAAUACUUUAGAUUACAUAUGUUAGUGUUAUAUAGUGGGUAAUCUUAUUUUAUUUCGCUCAUGUAUUUCAUAUUUUGUAUUUAUUUUUCUACUCUAGUGCAGCUCAAUAGAAAUAUUUAAAUUCAAAUGUGCUCUCCAUUGUAAAACAAAGGCUUUGGGGUGAUUCUGUGGCGCAUAAGCAAGCAGAUUUCAUUUCUUUUCCAAGGACUGAUUGUCAAAAGUGAUUUCAACAAGUUAAGCAAAAAUAUGCUCUUUCAGUGGACCUCUGGAAGUUUGAAUGUUUAAAAUAGGCUCUGAAAACUGGACACAGCGUCAGCACCAUGCCGUACCACGACGAGGAGUACCCAGGCCAGCCUCUCUGGAAGUCCGUGUUUCUCUUCUGCUGUAAGGGCGUCAUCGAAGGCAUCAUGGUAAUCCUCUUCUUCUGGCUCCUGGUGCAAGUCCUCUUCACCAAAAAUUUAGAAGUUCAUCUACAGAUACUUCUCCUGGUUGGACUGAUCGUCUUCUGUCUGUCUCUGGUCCUGGGGUGUUUUCUGUGCUGCAGAGACAGCCAGAUUUCUUCAGGGAAAGACAAAGUUCCUGUUGCAUCAACAGCAGCUCCAGCUGAACCUGUGAGUGUGACCAUUACUCACAAUCCCCCACAAUCCCCCCCGACUGCAGGAUCUCCGCAGCUACCUGUACGUGAGGGCAUGGACAGAGACACACAGGAGUACCCCUCAACAUUCAGCAGUCGUGUCUCCUCGGAGGGUGAAUUUACAGCUCUGCCUUGUGCUGAUCCAGCUCCACCUGCCUCUGAACCCAAUGAACAAGCAACAUCUUACUUCUCUCUGCGUCGGCUCAGCUCACCGCUGCUGGCAGCGUCUGCAUAUAAACCCAUCCACCCCACUCGCGCUUCCCUGCCUGCAUUGCCCAAACUGGGGCUGUUAACCAAAAAGCAUAAAGAUGUGCAGAGGCGCCGCACCGUGACCGGAGACGGUCGAUCGUACGGCGAGCGCAGUGGACUCACCAGAUCUGGUGCUGCUACUUCUUCAACGCGUGAAAAACCAAUCCCGUUGGCUCUGCUGAACUACGGCUCGAAUGCAAACUGCACACAGCUCAUCACAACAAACCCCUGCCUCCACUUUACUAUGGCCUUCUAUCCAGAGCAGCAAAUCCUGAAGGUCACCGUCUUAAACGUCCCUGAGAUGCACCAGAGACUGGAGGAUUUGACUGUGCUGGGCAGUCUGCCACCUCUCCACCCCGGUCCCACACACGCGUCGGUUCAGAGCGGCCUCGGUCCCGACGCCGACAGCCUUGCGCUGCUCUGGACGGUGAACUCUGCGGAGCAGCUCCAGACGUGUGAACUGAAAGUAACUCUAUCCGUACCCGGACCACCGAGUACGCCAGGAACCGCUCUGGGUGAAGUGGUGGUCGAAUGUAGAGGAAGAGACUGGACACCAGAUCAUGCAUUUCAUAUCAUAAAAGAGCUCAAGCCAAUCUAA